AUGAAGGCCAAGAGCCUCCUCCUCCUGGUGGCCCUCCUGGCUUUGGGGAGCCAACUGCCUGCUGCCUUGGGCCUGAAAAAAGGAGAGAAGUUGGGGGGCUGUCCGCCGGACGAUGGGCCCUGCCUUCUCUCAGUACCUGAUCACUGUUUGGAGGACAGCCAGUGUCCCAUAGGCGAGAAGUGUUGUUACCAAGCUUGCUUCCGCCAGUGCACCCCCAGGGUCUCAGUGAAGCCAGGCAGCUGCCCCAAGGACCAACUGUGCUGCCUCAGCGCCACCCAGCACCUGUGCCGCCAGGAUGCGGACUGCCUGGGCAGCAAGCGGUGCUGCCUCGGUGCCUGUGGCCGAGACUGCCGGGACCCCGUCAAAGGCUAAUUCUAGCUUAGGAUCCACGGCUCUGACCCUCAGGGUGAGGCUCCCAGAAGAAACAGGUGAUGACAGGGGCCUGAGGCCCCAGCUGACAGCAGCUCCAACCUUCUG